UUUUUUAUUUUAUUUUUUAUUCUCUUUUCUUCCUUUUUCUUCUUUUAUUGUUGUAUAAAAAUGCUCGUUAAUAGACCAAAUAAUGUUAUUGCUAAUCAGCGUUAUUUUCAAGCACCAUCUCAAACACCACUUUGGAUUAAAGGAAAAAGAGAUAAAUUGUUUGUUACAAUUAUCUUUGCUGGACUCGGUGUAGGUGUAGUAGGCGCUAUUAUUGGAACUGGAAAGUAAGAAGUGAAUUCUACUCUACUAAAUAUAUAACAUGAUAAACUGAUUUAUAUCUAUUAUAUUAUAUAGAAUGAUAAUUGGAAAGAAGGAUUAAAGCCAUCGUCUAUUUAUUCUUCAGAACAGUUGGAAAGGGAAACAACUCAAUAUUAUAUAAUAAAAUAGUAUAAUAAAACAAAGUAUUUAUAAUCUUUGUUAUUCAGAAAACAUCA